CUUAGUAAAAUGUUUUCAGUGCAUGCUCCAUAUGUGGUAUAUGAGAGGUGAGGUGAUAGAAAUAGCACAGCAGCUGUGUGUACCAUGCACAAUGUCUCUGUUGGGUUCAUUCUGCUGUAACACUAGCAGGGAAUUCUGUGUUCCUGGUUAGUAACCGACCCAUGUGCUAAACUGUGCAAUACUUCAGUUUUGCAAUAGCAGUAGAUUAAGUGCUCCAGACAGUAUGGCGGAUAAUCCUCUUAGAUUCCACUCAACAAAGGAGAUGUUUGAGAAAAUGGAAGAGUCGUUCAAAAUAUGUGCACAUUGUGAGAAACUUCCAUCGCAGAUCACAGGCACACUGAAGAGAUGUGUACGUUGUCUGAACGUGUAUUACUGCAGUAAGGACUGUCAGAAGAGAGAUUGGUCUCAGCAUAAACUCUACUGUAACAAACUGCGCAUGGCUGCCGUCGACAGACGCGUCGAAUGGCUCAUUUAUAAAGGAGAUCUUCCUUUCUCCACGGAGGCGUGGUCUCGCCCUGCUAAUAAAGUGAGGUGUUGGGACGACUGGCUGUCUAUGCAGGGCGAUCUGACACCCCGUCUGGAGCCCAUCCUGUCCGGCCAAAACAUGACAGAUCUCUGGACCAAUGCCUGCCGACCGCGGCCGGAGGAGGCGGAGCUUCGUGAGUCUGUGUGGCGUGUGUGCAGCGAGUUCCUCUCGCGGCCACUUACGAUCGGUAUGGGGCUGAAGAUGUUUAACUUAGAUCCGUAUUCUCUGCCACUCACCGUUCAUGUGGUUGGAGCCGGUCACAACGAGACCCUGGGAGCCAGAACGACAGACAUGGACGAGCUCAGCCGCAUGUUCCCGGGGCACCAGGGUCUGGAGGUGGUGAUGGUGGGGCCAGAGUUGGUGAAGGGGCCCAUCAUGAGGCCCCCACUGAGGGCUUUUGGACCCCGAGGAAGAGUGUACAUGAGUGCUUACAAGGGCCUCUAUCAUCAGUUCUGGGAGGAUGUUGUAGAGAAAGGAGAAGCAGCUAAACCAGAUCUGGUGGUUGGAUUUCACCCAGGGUUUGCUGGACAGGAGCUGAGUGAGGAUUGGUUGCCGACACUUCUGCUGCUUCGAGAUUACAACAUCCCGACUUUGUUCACCAUGAUCAAUGACACAGACAUGCAGAGUUCUCUGCGGAUGUUUUUAGAGUUGGAGAUGAAUGUGAAAGACACUGGCACAAACCCCUUCAGCUCUCUAAAACCUGAACAACUGCCCAAGAGCCCCCACAAAGCGCCCAUUUACGGCAACGGGCACUACAUUUCUUUCCACGGCCUGCUUGAGGCACAAGAGGAAGAAGAGCAGAACUAAUACUGGACAUCUGAUCGCAAACAAAUCAUGAGCUUGCUUAAAGCUUCGUUUCUCAACAUUUGGAAAAUCAUAACGUAUUUUCGAAAACGGCAAACAGAUCAGUGUGGAUGAUGCCUAAAAUAGCUAGUGACUUUAGAAAAGUCUUUGAAGUCAUAUUGAAAAGAUAGAUUUGAAGCAUGUCAUUAACAAGAGUUUGGAAAGGUGAAUAUGAUGUUGUGGAAUUAAAGCAUUUUUUACAUAUUUAUUAAAUAUAUUUUUGGUUUGUCCAGCUGCCUUUAGGCCUGUAGACUGAUGUCCUAAGCUCCAUUUUAACUUCCUCAAUGAUACAGUUUGUUUUAAGGUGUGAAAUAUGUAAAGCCAUGCAAAUAUACUGAUCAUAUCAUUGACGGGUGAGAUUAACUCCGCUCAGUAUAAAUUGACAUUAAAUGCAUAUGUUCAUGUUGUAGAUACAAUUCAGCCAUAACUAUAUUUCCUUUAUUUAAAAGUCCAUUAAACAAAAAUACUUUUAAUAGUAUAAUAGGCCAUAAGUUACACCUUAAUUUUAAUAAUCGCAAAAGCAAUACAUAUAAAAUAAGGAUGAAUGUGCAUUAAUAAUUAUUUUUUUAUGUUUUAUUGUCCACUUUUCGAAUUCUAAAUUGUUAUGCUGGAUAAAUAUUCAAGUCUUUUAUUUUUUACUAUAAAUCUCCACUAUCACUUUCACUUGCACGUUCUUCAUUUGUUCUUUGGUGAUUUGCAUUCUUCGUGCACAUCGCCACCUACUGGUCGGGGCUGGUCAAAGGUGGAAAUUCAUAGUAAAAAAAACAAAAAAGACCUAAACAUUGAUCUGUUUCUCACCCACAGCUAUCAUAUCACUUCUGAAGACAUGGAUUAAACCACUGGAUUCAUUUA